UUCAUUUGUUUCUUUUGUACAGACACAAGCCAUGAGGCCUGGAGUGGUGCCUUAUCGAGGGAUAUUUUCUGCUUUGACUAGGAUUUCAUGUGAAGAGGGAAUCAGGGGGCUCUAUAGUGGCCUUCUUCCUGCUUUAGCUGGGGUUAGCCAUGUUGCCAUCCAAUUUCCAACAUAUGAGAAAAUCAAGGCUUAUUUAGCCGAAAAAGAUAACACAACUAUUGAUAAACUCAGCGCUGGAAAUUUAGCCAUUGCAUCUUCGAUUUCCAAAGUUGUUGCAUCCACACUAACCUAUCCUCACGAGGGGCCAGAAGUCUUUAUGUUCGAGACAUUCCUAUCUACCUUGUCACAAAAAUACCUAGUCCUGUCAGGAUUGUGGCUAGGGUUACAUAGUGGCAGGGCAGUGGGUUUUAGGAGAGAACCGUCACUGCUCCAAACCAAGACAUGUGUCACCUUCGGCCCAACACCAUGUGAAGGACAAUUGGAUGUGCAUGUGAUUUUGUAUGUGUGGGUCGUCCGAUCUAGACUUCAAGAACAGGGCCAGGUUAGGCUCACUCCAAGGUCAUACGAGGGUGUAAUAGACUGCACGAGGAAAGUCUUCCAUAAAGAAGGCCUUGCUGGCUUCUACCGUGGUUGUGCUACCAAUCUGUUAAGGACCACCCCUGCUGCUGCUAUAACCUUCACCAGCUAUGAAAUGAUCCAUAGAUUUCUAAAUCAGGUUUUUCCACCAGAGCUGAACAGCCAUGAUCAGAACCUCAACACAAAAUCAAAUAAUGGGGACUGAAACAUGUGGACGUAUUACAGUUGACCUAUUUUAUUCAGAGAUGACUCCAAGAGGUAACUAACCAGUCGAUCUUUCCUAGUUGUUUGUGUUACUUGGUUGACCGCAAGGGUUUCCACAAAAUAUUUACUGAUGAUUUUGAAAAAGAUAUAUUGUAACAUUCUUUUUAUGUUUAUCAAUAAAAAAAAAGAUGUUGUAUUAAUGAUUUUGUACUCAAUUGGUUUAAUGCAUAGUUAGGCUUCAGAUAAAUUAUGUUCUAACUGAAGAGUUUUGGGUUGAUUGAUAUUCAUGAUUUGAUUGGAUAAUUCUUGGGACAAAAAUGUUGGAAAAAUGAUUUGUAAUUUAUGGCUGAAUGAAAAAUUGAUGCUUUAAAAAUUGUAAAC